UUCGACUUCAGAAGUGGUAAUAAGAACACAUCGGAAGAUACAUAUGUACUACACGUGACAAAAAUGAACGAACUGCACAUUGUUCUGCUGCUUGCCUCCUGGUACGUGUCGGAAGUAGCCGUAUUAACAAGGCAAUUCAGAUGGGUGGACCGUGCCGACCAAAAUGGACAACCCAUAGAUAUGGAUAUAUUUUACGACAGAGUUGUUUUAAUAAUAUGUCCUACUCGUAAAAUAGACCCAGGAAACCAGUAUCACGAAAAUCGCUACACUCAGGGCGUGUUUAUAACUAAACAACACGUUUUGACAUCAUAUAACCCAUACAGACAAGAAUUAACCAAAUACGAGUACUUUACGUUUUUAAAUGAUUUACGGGUACGCGCUUUACAUAGGCGUAAACGGGUGACACAAGCUGAAGUCUAUUAUCACACUUUAGAUUUUCCCAUAGACUGGUUUCAUCAAAUCAUACCGAUGCCUAACGCCACAUCACCCAGCGAACUGUGGCAUGGAUUGCAAAAACGAUUCAGCCCACUACACGAUUUGAUGAUUUUAAAAAGAAAAGGAGGGUCAGUGUCAUUCUUGAACCCCACUCCAGGCCGUUACACAUUCAGACAGUACGGGGUGGGCUAUCGGGCCAGCUACCGAGUAGCCGGGCCCAUGCUGACGGCCAUAGCGUUUGAGGAAGAUUUAUUGGAUCAACCGUUGAUGCUCACUUAUUUACAUAAAAAACCAGAUUUGCACAAAACUCACACCCACACGAGGUCAAAGGCAUUUUAUGAGGACGAAAAUGUGAUUGAAGAUUGCGAAGAGUACAUGCCCCGGUACUGGGGCUACUUCAUUUGUAUCAGAAACGUUGACAAUUCCAAACGUCUGAGAUCAGGCGCACUUUUAUUUUACAACAACACGUUGUAUGGAGUCAGCAGCUUAGUUCUGAAGAAAGGCAACGACAGUAUACUGGUCUUCACUGAUGUAAGGCCUUAUAGCGACUUAAUAUUAGAUAUCUGCAAAAGUCCUCACUUCCGUCCUUAUUAA